AUGUUUUAUCUCACCAAAACCGGGCACUCAUUUGAGGCCGAGUCGACCCAGACGGGUGCGGUGGCCCAGGACGGGGUUCGAAUAUUGGCUGCCACAUUUUUGCGGAAACAAACCCCAAGUGAUUUUCUGAAGCAGAUCAUCGGUCGCCCUGUGGUGGUGGUGAAACUCAACUCAGGGGUUGAUUACAGAGGGGUUCUGACCUGUCUCGAUGGCUACAUGAACAUCGCCCUGGAGCAAACGGAAGAGUAUGUCAAUGGACAACUAAAAAACAAAUAUGGUGAUGCCUUCAUCAGAGGAAACAAUGUCCUUUACAUUAGCACCCAGAAGAGGAUAAUAUGCGGUGCAAGUUACAACAAGAUCUAGCAGUGAAAAAAGAAAAGGAUCAUAUCUGUGCUCUGAUGUGCAUCACCUGUAUUUCACUUUUUGAAAAAUAUAAA